AUAAAAACGGAUUUAUGAAGAUAGCAGUUCUGAUAGCGAUAUUAUCACUGGCGCUCUGUUACAGGACGCCACAAUUCGAGGCAGCUCAAUAGGUCAUAGUGCAAUAUGCUGCCGGUCACAUAUUGGAAGCCCAAGCAGGAGUUCCAAGAUAAGUGGUUGUGGACGUAAAAUUCAAGAAAGCCUUCGAAAUUCCUCCUUAAGUGUUCAUCUCCGCAUAAUUACUAGAUUGGAGUGUUGGUUUACCUCAUGGGUAUAUGGAGAGAGUUAGCGAUAUCACAACCACAGGAUUCAAAUUGAGUGGAGUAGCUGUAGGUCCCUCUCCUCUCUAUUCCUUAUUCGUUGAUUGGUAUGCAAUUUAUGAUCCCAGAAUUCAAGUGGUCACAUUCGAAUCAACAGAUGUCAAAGAAUUAAAAACUGGAUAAGGCGAAAGAAAAGUAUCAUUCACAAUUGAGCACAGUCUCAAAGAUGCAACAAACGCAAUUGUAGGUUUGAUUGGUUGUAAACACUUGCUGACAAAUCCAAUAGUGGAAGUCAAAGUCGAACAAGUAACACCAAAAUCUGUUACUGUCUCAGCUAGAACAUAUUGGCAAGCAUAAUUGGAAUUUGUAAGAUUCAACGUUCUUUUGGGUACUGAUCAAUCUUUGUGGGUCUCACCUGCAUAUGUAUUCUACAAUGAUCCUGCUUCAAGUCAUCCCUUCGUCAAAAGAGCACCAAGUGCAGCUGAAGUCUAAUAAACCAUUGAAUUACCAAAAGUGUGGUAGAGCGGUCCAAGAGUUCCUAUUGUUACACUCAGAGGUUAUGAUGUCGAAAGAGCUAGAAACAUGAGAUUGUCAUACAAUAAAGUAGUACUUGAAUCAAAAUUGUAAUACAAUCUAGUGACAUGGUGGGACACUUAAAUGUAUGGAGUUUUCCAUUAAGCUGCCAUUUUUGUUGCUGAUACCACUUACAAAAUUUUUGAUCCAGAUUGUGCUGAACUUUUCUCUGAAUGCAACUUUAAAGGAGACUCAAUCACUGUUUGUGACAGAAUUCCAGAUCUACCAGGAUAUGGAUGGUCUAAACCAAUCAGAUCCUUAACAGUCCCAGUAUCAAGAAGAUUAUAUCUUUUUAAUAAAGAAAAGUAUGAAGGUUAGAGAACCUCCUUCAUUGCAAACUAGCAGUGCAUGGAAUCUAUAACAUUUUCAUUUGCACAACUCCAAUCAUUUGAAGAGGAAGAUCAUACAGUUCUUGCAAGUUAGUGAAUUUAAUAUUAACACAAUCAAUGAAUAAAAUAUAUUUAUUUAUUCUUAAUUAAUUACUGUUUA